AUGCGUUACUCUACGCUCGCGUCUGCUGUCUGUUUGGCGGCGGCUCCUGCGCUCGCCCACCUGGUCACCAUUCGUGCGAUCGAGGAUGCUUCCAUGGUUGAGCGUGAGCUCGAUGACGGACUGAUGGAACGCGGUUACUACGACACCCUCCGCUCUCGGGACCUCGAGGCGCGCAGCGGCAACGUUCCUAAGCCGCCGCCGGGCCACUCGAAGGCUCUGGAGGUGAAGCAGAGGAUACCGGAGGCACGGAACCCAAAUAAGUUUCAGGGGACUCCUGGCGCAACAGAUCCACACCACGUAUACCAUAUUGUCGGUAAUCCGAAAGCCGGUGGCUCGAAGCACAACGGCGGCCCCGGGAAGGGGGCGGAGCCCGUCACCGUCGCCGGGAGUAUGAUCUCGACGACGAGCUGUUCGAGCGCGGCUUCGAGAUAGACGAGCUUGACUGAGCGGGCGUAGCAUGGUCGUGGGGCUGUUAUGAUGUAUUUCCGCCUAUUGUACGCACUGUGC